AUGAGUUCCAACAGCAGCAAGGCUUGGGCUGUGGCAGCCAGCAUCGGGGCGGUGGAGGCACUGAAGGAUCAAUUGGGUUUCUGUAGGUGGAAUUACGUCAUUCGAUCCGCCCAACAGUACGCCAGAAACAACGUUAGAGCAAUCUCUUCCAAGUCCCCUGCCGCUGCAAUGGUUGUUGAGAGGUUGAAGGAAGCUGAAAAGGCAGGACGGGCUGAAGAGUCUUUGAGGAAAGUCAUGUACUUGAGCUGUUGGGGUCCUAAUUAA